AUGAGUUCAAGAUACUCCAAUAAUGGCGGAGCACAUCAGAGAGACCUAAGGACACAAUUAUUUGCUACUCCACAAAGAAGUCCUGCUAAUAAUACACCCCUUUCAAGGUCAGAUUCUCCAUAUGAUAAAGCCCCAGUCGCAUCAGCAAAGUACAACGAAUCUUAUUUACUGUCGCUUGAAUCACAAAAUAAUGAUGAGGUAGAUACGAUGAGUCAAAAGGUUAAUUUGUUGAAAAAUUUGGGAGUUAGGAUGGGUACAGAAAUAAAUAAAUCAGUCAAGUUAAACGAUGAAAUAACCAAUACAAUGGAAAAAGGGAAAAUAACAUUAAAGAAUACGUGGAAUAAAAUGAUUGUAAUGAGUCAGAGGGCGGGUAUAAGUUGGAGGAUGUGGUUCUUGGUGUUUGGUGUGAUAACGAUAUGGUUUUUCUGGGUAUGGCUAUUUUAG